AUGGCAGCGGCGUCCUCGCCCUCCUCCAGCCUCCUGCUCCUGCUCCUCACGUCCUCUUCACCAUGGCUGCCGUCUCUGACCUUGGCCUAUGUCUCUGACUGGCACCACAUGACACCAUCAGCUCCUGUUGAACCUCACUUCACUGAGUGUAUCUCCCGGGACCAGGUAACAUUCAGCUGCUGGUGGAGUCCCGGUAGCUUCCAUAACUUGACGGAUCCCGGAAUGCUGAAGGUCUACUACCAGAAGCGAGAUAUAGACUCUCCCACCAAGACUGAAUGGAAAGAGUGUCCAGAGUAUUUCCACUCGAGGAGGGAGUGCUUCUUUGACAGAAACCACACAGUCAUCUGGACCCCCUACUGCUUGCAACUGCGCAGUCGAGACAACAUCACCUAUUUCAACACGGACUACUGUUUCACAGUGGAAAAUAUUGUACGUCCUGACCCUCCAGUGUCUCUCAAUUGGACCUGCCUAAAUGUGAGUCCCUCCGGGCUCAAUUACGACGUCAUGGUGAUGUGGGAGCCGCCCCCCUCCGCAGACGUGUCAGUGGGCUGGAUGAACGUUGUCUAUGAGGUCCAAUACAGAGAGAGGAACAGCUCCAACUGGGAGACACUGGAGGUUCAGCUGGAGCCCCAAACCCAACAGACAAUCUAUGGUCUCCAUUUAGAUAAAGAAUAUGAGGUGCACAUUCGCUGCAGUAUGAAAGCCUUCUCUAAGUUUGGAGAGUUCAGUGAAUCCAUCUUCAUUCAAGUGUCAGAGAUUCCCACUAAAGAUUCUUUUUCCCUGCUCACGCUGGUUAUUGUUUUGGCAAUUGUGGCUGCAGCCAUUCUCAUCAUGUGGAUUGUUGUUUCACAGCAGCACAGAUUAAUGGUGAUUCUGUUGCCACCAGUUCCGGUGCCAAAAAUUAAAGGUGUGGAUCCAGAGCUGCUAAAGAAAGGAAAACUUGAUGAGCUGAACUUCAUCCUUAGCAGUGGAGAUUUGGUUAGUGGCCCCAUGUAUUCACCAGAUUUUUACCAAGAUGAGCCAUGGGUGGAAUUUAUCGAGGUGGAUGUGAAGGAUUCGGACGCUGGGGAAAAAGAGGACAUCCAGGCAUCAGACACCGAGAGGCUCCUGGGGGGCUCUCAGCCUGCCAGGCACCGAGUGGGGUGCUCUAACGUCCCCAGCUUUCCUGACCGCGAAUGCGCUUAUGACCUGAACGGUCCAGCCGAAGAUGGGACCACACUAAAUUGCAUGCUACCGGGCCAACCUGAUGACAGAUUAGCUUCCCUCUGCGUUGAUUCGGAGCGUGGCGAGAGGCUCCCAGUGCCCUCUCAAACCAGCGGCCCUCAAACUUGGGUCAACACGGAUUUCUAUGCUCAGGUCAGCAAUGUCAUGCCCUUCGGAGGUGUGGUGCUGUCCCCCGGCCAGCAGCUUAGGACCCAAGAGGGAGCCCCCGCUUCAAACGAAGACGUAAAGGAGGCCAACAAAAAAAGUCAAGAGAAGAAUAAGCAGAAAGAACCUCAGUUCCAGCUUCCGGUGUUGGAACCGGACACAGUCAGCCGCACCCAGCAGAUGAUCCCCCCACUUUACUGUUCCAUCCCCGCCGAGAGCUAUCAGUCCGCCGAGCCCCAGCCGGCAGCUGAGGCCAGCCGGUCACCGUACGAUUCCCCCGACUCUCCCCAGGCACAACAUUUUAGCCCCGUGGCGGACUACACUGUGGUACAGGAGCUUGACAGUCAGCGCGGUGUUCUGCUUGACCCACCAUCCCUCCAGUCUGCAUCAUCGUGCCUGUCACAGCACCCCCUCAAAUCUGUCCACGCAUUACCCACUGGGUACGUUACCCCUGACCUGCAGGGGGUGCUUUUGCCUUAA